AUGUCAGCCGGUAACGACCUCAAGAACGAUAUCGACGAGAAGGAAAACUUGGACAUCGACCUCAAGAAUGUCGAGGAUGUCGACCAGGAGGGCGAGGCACAGAAGGUCAUCGCUGCCGAACACGACUUUACUCCCGAGGAGUACAAGAAGCUUCUGCGCAAGAUCGACUUGUUUCUCAUGCCUCUCUUGAUGAUUGCGUACGGUCUGCAAUACAUUGACAAGACGUCGUUAUCGAGCGGUGCGAUCUUCGGCCUCAAGGAGGAGACGCAUCUCAAAGGAAACGAGUACGCGAACCUCACACUGUUCUUCUACAUGGCAUACUUUUUCGCUCAGAUUCCCAUGAGCUGGAUCCUUCAGAAGCUGCCCUUCGGACGCACCCUCAGCAUCUGUGUUAUCAUCUGGGGCGGCUGCGUCAUGUGCCUCGCGGCGUGUGGCAAUUACUCGCAGCUUGUGGCGGUUCGUUUCCUGAUCGGAUGGUUUGAGAGUGUGGUCACUCCUGCGUUUGCCAUUCUCACCACGUCAUGGUAUCUGCGUAACGAGCAGACCCUUCGCCAGGGCAUCUACUACUCGAUGAACCACUUUGUCAACAUCGUCAUGAGUGUCGGAAUCUACAAGAUUGCCGAUUACACCCAGAAACAUGGCACUAUGUCCGGUUGGCGCGUCAUCAACCUCUUCCUCGGCGGCACCACCGUGGCCAUUGGGCUUCUCAUGGUCAUCUUCAUCGGCAACCCGGGCGAGGUGUGGUGGCUGUCCAAGCGGGAGAAGCUCAUGGCCCACGCCCGUAUCGUCUCAAACUCGACUGGUGGUUCUGAGCAGCACCCGUGGAAGUGGGAGCAGGUUCGCGAGUGCCUUCGUGACCGCCAGUUCUGGCACGCCAUGGCCAUGAACUUUUUCAGCCUGAUUCCCAACGGCGCCCUCACCACUUUCCAGUUCAUCAUCUUCCAGAGCUUUGGGUUCACCUCGCUCCAGACGAUUCUCUAUUCUCUGCCCAUGUUCGGUAUCAACUUUGUCCUCAUUGUCUCGGCAUCGGUCUGUAUUCGCUACUACCCGCACACCCGCUUCCCAAUUGCCAUCUUCACCCAAAUCGUCGGUGUGGCAAUCUGGCUCUUUGUCGGUGUCGCUCCGGAUGGAACCUCCCGCUGGGCGCGCUGGGGUACCUUCCUGUUCUGCCACACGUUUGUCGUGUCCAUCUUCAUCCUCUGGCCCCUCAUGUCCGUCAACGUCGCUGGCCGUACCAAAAAGUCGUUCCUGUCGGCCAUGUCGCUCAUGUCCUACUGUGUGGGCAACACUGUUGGCUCGCAGAUCUUCCUCCCAAGGGACGCCCCUGGAUACCGCCACGGCCUCGUCACCUGCGCCAUUGUCCUCGCCAUCAGUGUGGUCAACACUUCCCUUUGGUGGCGGUACUAUGUCAGCACCAACCGUAAGCGUGAGGAAGCGUUUAUCGCCUCGGGGAUCAGCCAUGACGAGCGCGAGCUCCAGCUCCGUCUUGCUGGCGAGAAUGACCUGACUGAUAUCGAAAACCCGCACUUCCGGUACUCUUGCUGA